UGCAUUUGUCAGAGAUUGGUCUGGUGGCUUUGCAAGUCAAGGAGAAGCCUUUAUCUUCCUCUAUUGCUCUCUCUCUCUCUAGCUCUGUUGCAUGAAUGCUCGUCUAUUUUGUUAGUCAAUCAAUCUCAUAGAGAAAAAUUUAAGUCAUGGAAGGAUCAUCACCUCUUCUAGUUUUAGCUUUUUGUGCUUCUUGCAUCUUUGGCCACCUGAUUGAGUUAGUUCAAGCUCAAAAUCAAUCCCAAGCUACUACAGAUCCUACUGAAGUUAGAGCAUUGAAUACAAUAUUUCAAAAAUGGGGGAUCUCAGCAAAUUCAAAGCAAUGGAAUAUAAGUGGGGAACCAUGCAGUGGAGCAGCUAUUGACUCCACCAGCUUCAAUGACGGAAACUACAACCCCUUGAUCAAAUGCGAUUGUUCGUUUAAUAAUAGCACUACUUGCCACAUGACCCAAUUGAAGGUUUAUGCUGUGAGUGUUUUUGGAGGAAUCCCAGAAGAAUUAUGGACUUUGACUUUCCUCUUCAAUCUGAAUUUGGCCCAAAAUUACUUGAUAGGUAACCUGUCUGCAUCCAUUGGCAAUCUAACUCGCAUGCAAUACCUGAGUUUUGGCAUCAAUGCAUUAUCAAGGACACUUCCAAAGGAACUUGGAAAUCUUAUGGAGUUAUCGUCAUUAUCUUUUUCAACUAACAACUUCACUGGUUCUCUCCCAUCGGAGCUUGGGAAUUUAGUGAAAUUACAACAGCCCUACUUUGAUAGUUUUGGAGUUACUGGUGAGAUUCCUUCGACAUUUGCUAAUUUAAAAAGCCUACAGGCGAUGUGGGCAUCAGACACUGAACUCACAGGCAGGAUACCUGACUUCAUAGGGAAUUGGUCAAAACUUAUUACCUUGAAGCUUGUAGGAAACUCUUUUGAAGGUCCAAUACCCUCAACGUUUUCCAAUUUGACUUCUCUAACAGAGUUGAGAAUAAGUGAUUUGUCUAAUGGGAACUCUUCACUAGCAUUUAUAAAGAAUAUGAAAUUUCUAAGUACCUUAGUACUAAGGAAUAAAAAAAUUUCUAAUUCAAUUCCAUCCAAUAUAGGAGAAUACCAACAGUUGACACAGCUGGAUUUGAGCUUCAACAAUAUAACAGGACAGAUUCCAGAUGCACUUUUCAAUUUGAGUUCGCUCUCUUACUUGUUUCUUGGAAAUAAUAAGUUAAAUGGCACUCUACCUGCACGAAAAACCACAUCUCUUCUCAACAUUGAUUUGUCUUACAAUAAUUUAGAGGGAAGCUUUCCUUCUUGGGUCAGCAAACAAAAGUUACAAGUUAAUUUAGUUGCCAACAAUUUCACUAUAGAAAGUUCAAACAACAGUGUUUUGCCUUCAGGAUUGAACUGUCUUCAACGGGAUUUUCCUUGCAAUAGAGAUUAUGACUUUGCAAUUAAGUGUGGUGGUCCUCAGAUUACCUCUUCUAAAGGGAUUGUGUAUGAGAGGGAUAAUGAGACACUUGGUCUAGCUACAUAUUAUGUGAUUAACACACACAGAUACUAUGGCUUAGGGCUUGAGAAUGGAAACUACACUGUGAGCCUCCAAUUUGCAGAAAUAGCUUUUGAUAACACUAACACUUGGCGAAGUCUUGGGAGACGUGUAUUUGAUAUUUAUAUCCAGGGCAAUCUUGUAGUAAAGGAUUUUGAUAUACGAAAGAAUGCCAGUAGUGCCUCUUACCGAGCAGUUCAGAUGCAGUAUAAUAAGGUUCAGGUAUCAGAAAACUACCUUGAAAUCCAUCUCUUUUGGGCUGGAAAAGGGACUUGCUGUAUACCUAAUCAAGGCACUUACGGACCUUCUAUUUCAGCCAUCAGUGCUAGCCCAGAAUUUACACCCACUGUUAGUAACAGACCUCCAAGCAGCAACAAGAAUAGGACUGGUUUGAUUGUGGGUCUCGUUGUUGGGGUUUUGAGCUUUAUAUCUGUUUUCGUGGUUUUUGUAUUGUUUGAAGAAGAAAACCUUCAACCAAUGAUGAUGAAGGGAACACUUAAAGACGGGAGAGGAAUUGCCGAGAAGCAACUGUCCGUAACAUCACACCAAGGAGAGAACCAAUUCAUAAAUGAGAUUGCUACUAUAUCUGAAGUGCAGCACCGCAACCUUGUGAAGUUGUAUGGAUGUUGCAUUGAGGGAGAUAAAAAAUUCCUUGUGUAUGAGUAUCUAGAGAAUAAAAGUCUUGAUCUAGCAUUAUUUGGAAACAGAACUUUGAAUCUUGAUUGGUCAACACGCUUUGAUAUAUGCUUGGGUGUAGCAAGAGGUUUAGCUUAUCUUCAUCAGGAGUCACGACUUCGAAUAGUGCACAGAGAUGUGAAGGCCAGUAAUAUUCUGCUUGAUUCUGAUCUUAUCCCCAAAAUAUCAGACUUUGGCUUGGCCAAACUUUAUGAUGAUAAAAAAAAGCCACAUAAGCACCCGCGUGGCAGGGACCAUUAUGCCAUGCGUGGGUACCUUACAGAGAAGGCUGAUGUGUUUGCCUUUGGUAUUGUGGCUCUAGAGAUUGUUAGUGGGAGGCCAAAUUCUGACUCAAGCUUGGAAGAAGAAAAGAAGCAUCUUCUUGAAUGGAGUGACGACUUCAUCAAGUCCGAGGUGGAUCCAAAGGAUGAUAGUGUCGUUCUUGCCCAGCCCGUUAUGGACCAGCCCGUUAUUCCUCUAACCCUGUUAGCCAACCCUCCAAAUGCUGAAGAUCCUUCAACUCAAGAUGUCCAAGACCCUCCUCCUAAAGGUGACAAGAUCCCUUAA